CAGUUGGAGGCAGUCAGUCUGGCGCACUUAUACAGAUCGUUGUGUCGUGCUUCACGAUACAACUGUAAAGAGAUGGACGGCCCACUGAUACUGCUUUUUGUUUGGGCGUGGGAGCGUAUGCCGCUCCUGGCACCUAUACCCCGCGAUCAGCUCGGCGACGUCGGUAUUCCACUUGCGCGAAGGUGGAGCCAUUGGCGCCGACAUACACGAUAUAUCCGGAGGCCUACUGCGCAUUUUAGGCGAGGACUCGACGACAUGGGAGUUGACGAUUUUAUAUGGCGGCCGUAUAUGGGAGUGUGGGUUCCGGAUGUCCUCGCUGCUCAGUUGGUUAUGUGCUCCACGCAGUCGCCGCUAGUGUCCUUCGAGUGCAUAGAAUGGCACCCGACAGACCGAGUUAGGCGACAGUUCGAGAUGCAACAGCUUCCACCAGGCCCGGCGUUCGACCUUGGUCGUGAUCAUUGCAAGCGGUUGACAGGAGCACAGAACCAUGACUGGAGAGAGAUUUACAGUCAAUGGGUUAACAGGUGGAGAUCUGACCGCUAUAACACAUUGCAAUUAGGCGAGGAGAUUAUUGACUUUCAUCCUCUCCCAGUGUACUAUGAGUGGUACACACAGCAGUAUAGGAUUCACCUGCGACUGUCAGAUAGAGUUGCAGGUGAAGAGGCUGGCGCCGAUGAACCACAGCAGCAACAGGAAGACGCAGCUGGUCCUCAGCAGCAAGUCCCGCCUCAUGAGCAAUAGUUGAACUUGCCUUGAACUUCUGCAAUAACAGACUUCACCUUUAUCGAGGGGUCUGCUUCGACCAAUGGCCUAAUGGCAUCUGCAAUUGUGUCUGAGUCCAACUUGGCAUGAUCUUGUGAAAUCGUGCCCAUGGUGCACGUGUGCUUGUCAUUGUAUCUCCUGAUCUCCCAACAAGCUUUUUUUCGAAUCAAGCUAGCUCGGAUAAGCUAGUCACACCCUGCACCAUACCCCUUGCAUUUCGCAUAGAAUGUCUGCGGCUCAGACUCAUACACAGUGUAAUCAACUCCUCUAGAGAUGGUGUAGCUUUUGAUUGCAGAUAUCACCGACUCUCUCGAACCAAAUUCCAUUCCGACACUAAACUCGCCAUCUUCCGCCGCAACAUUGCCUUCACCUACGACAUGCGCACCGCCAUCAGUCAGACAAGGCAAAUAAAAUAAGCACUAUAGAAAACUUCAGUUAAUAAUUAUGACAUAC